CAGAGGAGUUGGAGAGACCACAACAUCAAGUCGACAGCAGAUUGCCAGAUGCUGGAUAAAAAGGGGAUGAAAAGGCGUAUUAACAACAAGCUCACGGAAUCUACUGCAUGUUUGCCUAUGAGACGCAGGUUCUGCAAAGACUGGCAGUUUUGGUCAUGUGCCAUGACUUAGCACUGGGCCAGAUGAUCUCUAAUCACCACCAGGUCCGGAGACUCAUGCCCUGGAUAAAAGCCCGGGAGUUUUGUCAGAGGCACUAUAUUGACCUUGCUGUCCUGAGCACUGAAGAGCAAUACUUCACUCUCCUCAAUUCCACUGCUGCAUCUAGAUUCAGCUUUUGGCUUGGCCUGCAGCGUCAGAGCACCUUAAAGAGCUGGAUGUGGGUGAAUGGGCAAGAACUGAGUUAUGAUCACUGGUACAAGAGAAACUACAAAGAAGGCAACUGUGCAAGUUUGGAGUCCAUCUUCAAGAAAGAUGAGAAGCUGCUGGCUCGCUGCUGUGAUGAGUUGCACAUGUUUGUCUGUCACGGUCCAGUUUCGCCGCAGCCAGUGAUGAUAGACUCAGUGGGCUCUGGUCACGUCACUCUCAGCUGGAACGUCUCUGCAUUUAUGCAGAUGAUACCGCACAGUUACAAUGUGACGACAUGUACCAACACGUGUGAGACACUCUUCUACCCCUACACUGAUGGCUCUGUUUUCAUGAACAUCAGCAUCUCCAACUUAACUUCAGCCACAGAGUACUUCAUGGAGAUUUCUGCCUUUGUUGUUCGGCCGGACAGCUUUACGGGUGGAAACACGACCCUUCAAAGUUACCCUACGGCUUUACAUGUCCAAACAGUGGACUCUGGUGUUCAGUCCAAAGUCAUCAAUGUCCUUUUGAAGUCGCUCAAAUUCACGUCUCUGGUUCCUUCACUGUGGAUUCUUUGUUGUAUCCUGAAGAAACAUAAGUCUCCUUUCCUGUAUGAAUUCAAGGAGUCAGAUCGUGACACCUCAGAGGAGCUCUCAACUGAGGAGACAAUUAUUGACCUGCUUCCAGAGAGAACCAGAGCAAUCGGCUAAAAUGGCCAAAAAGGCAGGACUUGUUCACAAAUACAAACAUAGAAUAUCUUGAAUUAUUUGAACAUAUAUAGCAAGUGGUAAAAGACAGGUUUUCUAAUCUGGUGGAUUAAAAAUACUAAACAGGACACAUUUGUUCAGUUUAAAGAAACCAAGUGUUUGAAUAACUGGUCAACUCACAAUUUUUACUGCAUGGUAUAAUAUACUUUAAGCCUACCCUGUCUCCAAAACUGGCCUGUAUUGAUCAAUAUUGUUUACAAGCAGAGCUAAAGUUUGAUAGCUCCUGUCCUGUCAUCAACAAAAGUAUAAAUCAUAGAUAGAUGACAGGAAGAGUUGCUGUCUUCUUAUACCUAUACCGUUACAUACCUACAUCAUUACAAGUUGCUGUUGUUUGGAUUUUGUUGUACUAUUAACAGCGGCGUUCCUGCAUUCGUUUAACAUAUUCCAGCUGUCACUGCUGGUUUGAGCAGGUGAACAGGCUAUAGGACCCAAAUGCAGACAAGAAAUGCAAAGCAGAUGCUGUUAAAUAAUUAAAUGAUCAAAACCAUGGGUACAAAGGCUUACUGAAUAUUGAGAAAGACAGGGUUCAAAACCUGGAAGGCAGUGCAAACAAAUCCAAGAAACAGCGUUCGGUACAAUAGAUAAACAGAAUACAGAUACAAAAGCUAGAAAGGAAAGACACAAUACACAUGGGGACAAUUUAAUAAUCAGGAUACUGUAGGUACCUGAUGAGAGUCCACAUAACUGCAGAACAGAUGUGUGUAGUUGGGGAAAGGAGGGACAGGGAGACUGUGGCAGCGUCCUUGUUUUGAGAUCUUUGAAAUCUACAGCUUGCUUGCAAAUUUAAGCCCCUACCUGCUUCAAAGUAAAAGCCUUUCAGCGGCACCUUUUAGGGCUCGGCACCUUUAUCUUGUUGUUCAUUUUGGGGUGUGUUUUUGUUGGUGGAUUACUUUAAAUAAUUUAAAUAAGAGAGUAGACUUAUCAUCAUGUGUAUUGUAAGCACUGUAAAAACUGUAGGCUAUAAUAUGAGUAAAAGUUACCAACCACAGUCACUUCUACACUCUGAAAUGGUUAAAAAGUUUGAUUUGUAAGUCAAAUGAACGCACAAAAAACAUAAUGAAAUGUUCAGGGGUCAUUAAGCUCAAUAAUGUCUAUUCCGGUGCUGCUCCUCUGCAGAAACAACGUUAGCACUGAUUUUGAUCAUCAAAAUCAAAAGAGAUGUAAAUGUGGGUGACCCACAUAGUAAGAACCUCAACUUUGAGUAAGUAAGUAAGUACUGAACCUUUAGUAUUAAAAACAAAUUCCUUAUGAGGUCUGUGGAGGAAACUUAUUAUUUCCUCAUUUUAUCUAGUCUUGAUGAACACCUAUGAUCUUAGCUGUACCCAGGGAGGUGGCCCAUCAAGUUUAUUUCAAUCAAUCAUUAUUGUAGUACUGAGUACUCUUUGUGUAAUUUUUUCAUUUUUUACACCAAAACUAGCAGACAACCUCUUUCAUUUUCUCAUUUCUGAAAUAGUGCUAUGCAUUAUUAUUAUUAUUAUGAUAUUGACAUUGACAUUGUUAAACUGUAGGUAGCAGAGUUAGCACCAGCCAAGAAAUGUCAAAGUAUUAGCUAUAUGUUUUGUUUUUAAUCACUCACACAGGGUAGUUUAGUUAUUUAGGUUAUUUAAGGGGAGAAAAUGUCAGUAAGUAUUUCAAUUAAACUAAAAUAAAAACCGAAAUUUCAAAUCAAGGCAUAAAGAGAAACAUUAAUGUGAAGAGACACUGCUUAUCCUAUUUUGUACUUUCAUGUUGUUUUGUUCUGUUGCUGUCAGUUAGUAGUAUUCUCACGUCAUUUUUAGGAGGCAGUGUUGAUAAUUCAUCCCUAAUGUGUCCAAAGUAGUCAGUUAUAUUAAGUCAGGAAAAUUAGAUUCACAGUACUCUGAGUUGAAAAUGAAAUAUGUCUCAGCUUUAAGUCUAAAACUCAUACUGAUGAUUUAGUCACAGAACAUUGUGACCACAAAUUCAUUGCUUGUCAUGUAUGUUUUCAUUUUUUAAGCUCUGUGGUAUAACAUUCAGGUUUUGAGUGUUGAACAAUGUUUUAUUCUACACUAGAAAUGUAUUGUAAGCAAGUUGCUCCUUUCUUUGGUGGGUGGUGGUGAAUAUGUAAC